UCUACCUACAACUGCAACCUCGGUCUCUUUCUCUCUUCACAUAUAUAAGAGAGUCCCUUGAUCAAGAAACCAGAUAAUUUCCCCAAACACAAUUCUAAAGUCCUCCUCUCGGAAAGUAAGAGACUCAACUUCCGAGCCGCCAUGGACGCCGGAGUAGCAGUAAAAGCUGACGUGGCAGUCAAAAUGAAGAGAGAAAGACCAUUCAAAGGGAUCAGAAUGAGAAAAUGGGGGAAAUGGGUUGCGGAGAUUCGAGAACCCAACAAGCGUUCAAGACUUUGGCUCGGCUCUUACUCUACUCCCGAAGCGGCGGCGCGUGCAUACGACACGGCUGUCUUUUACCUCAGAGGACCAACUGCUACGCUCAACUUCCCGGAGCUUCUGCCGUGUACCUCCGCCGAGGAUAUGUCAGCGGCAACGAUCAGGAAAAAGGCGACGGAGGUGGGAGCUCAAGUAGAUGCGAUAGGGGCGACGGUGGUGCAGAACAACAAACGCCGCCGCGUUUUUAGUCAAAAGCGUGACUUUGGCGGCGGGUUAUUAGAGCUUGUUGACUUGAACAAGUUACCUGACCCGGAAAAUCUCGAUGAUGAUUUGGUGGGAAAAUAGACUGAAAAAUAAUAAUAAAAUAUCUUACAAUGGUGGCUGUAGCUAUCGUACGCGGAAUGCUUGGGCUUGUGUUAUAUGACUACGUGGUUACGGAAAGAUUCCUCUGUUUCGUCAUUGUAUUAAAAUUUAAUCCCACAAGUCAAACAUACUGUACAUUAUUCUUAAUUUAGUAUUUUCUUAUUAAUAUCUAUCAUUUGUUUGGUGAACACCAGAAUAUUAGACUAUUAAUGUAACGAGUUUUUAAUAUUUCGAUCAUAAUAACACCAAGCUAGUUAAAGGUUAAUAUCUUGUUACGAAGUCUUGAGUAAGUUCAAUUGUCAUAUAUAUGUAACGGAAGAGGUUCGUUCGGGUCCCAAGUGAAGUGGA